AUGAGUGUCACUGGGGCCCCUCCCCUCCUUCUUUGGGUGGGGGCUGUAUGGUUUGGAGUGGUCUUUGCACUGACAUUUGGCCACAGAGCGAAUGGAUCCCCUAGAAGUGGCAUGUCUUCCAGCGAGACUCUCUUUGGAUUCGCUCAGUCUUCAUACAGUGGCGCUAUCUAUGAGAACAGUGGGGCCAAGGAGUAUAUCCAGACGACCCAGAAGAUGGGGAUCCAUCUGGGCCAUCCAGGAGGGUUGGAUGUGGAGUACUCUAUCACUGACGGCGAUCCCAACAGUAUUUUUACAGCAGAAGCGGUCACUGUGAAAGAUUUCAGUUUCUUGCGCAUUCGAACACAGACAGCCAACUAUUGGAUGCUGAACAGGGAGCGUAACUCGCACUUCCAUCUUCGGGUGCAAGCAAGAAUUACCUACCCAGGGGACAUUACUGUAGUCAACUAUACCAAUGUUAAUAUCACAGUUUUGGACCUGAACGAAUUCAGUCCCUUGUUUCCUACACAACCAUACGAGGUUAACAUUCCUGAGGAUACUCCUUUAUUCCGAAGUAUUGGCCAUGUCAAAGCUUCUGAUGCGGAUAGCGGCAUCAACGGAGAAAUCUACUAUAGCUUUGCCCGUGAGACUCACACAUUCGCCAUUCAUCCAACUACCGGAGUUAUCUCCCUCACUGGUGCAGUCCGGUUCAAACAACAGGCCAGGUAUGAGUUGGAAAUUCUCGCCAAAGAUCGGGGAGAACCUACUUCGAGUCGAAGUAUUUCUCCAAAUAGUAGAACAACUUUCACGGUGGAUAUCCUUCCCGUUAAUUUCAACCCGCCGACUAUCAACAUCCACAACCACCAGACUCUAAUCGAACAUGGGAACAUCGGGUCGCUGUUUGCCGUGUUGACAGUCACAGAUGAGGACCACGGCAGCAAUGGGGAGAUAAGCAGUGUAGCAAUAACGAAUGACCCUAAACGAAUCUUCAGUUUGGCAGCGGAGUCAGCCAAUGGCAAGUUCAACAUAAUGGUUGUGUCAACCAUCGACCGUGAAACGAUGCCUGUGGAUUAUAACAUCACCAUAACCGCGGUUGACAAGGGGUUACCGCCCCUUACUGCCUCAGUGGUGGUUCCUGUUCGCGUCCAGGAUAUAAACGACAACCCUCCGGAAUUUGAACAGAGUGUUUACUCUGUGGAGAUCUCCGAGAUUGUCCCUAUGAAUACCCCGGUUGUGUUUGUCAAAGCACAUGACAGGGACAUGGGUGCCAAUGCUGAGGUCUUGUACAGUAUUGCUGAUGGUAACAAAAAUAACUUUUUCUCUAUUGACCCACAGUCGGGUUUGAUUCGGACUGCAGGGCAACUAGAUGCUGAUAUGGACAUGCGGGUAUCGUUGAUAGUCCAAGCACAAGACCAGGCCAACAGCGGGUCUAGAAAGACUGGCCAAACACGGGUGGUCAUCGUGCUAAAAGAUUACAACGAUAAUUCUCCGGUUUUCAACAUGGCGUUGAAUUACAUCAAUGUCAAGGAAAACAUGCCACGUGGUUCACGAGUCACCACUGUUCUGGCAAAUGACGAGGAUAGUGGCGAUAACGGAACACUGAGUUACAGUAUUGUCAACUACGACCGGGUACCGUUCGAGAUCGACCCUUUUUCGGGGGAGAUCACCACAACGGAAGUGCUAGAUUUUGAGACGAUGCAAAGGAAUUAUGAUAUCGUUGUCGGCGUAUCUGACUGGGGAACUCCAUUCAGGAGAGAAGAUUCUAUGGUUCUGACAGUUCGACUUGAGGAUGUUAAUGAUAACAGCCCCGAGUUUGAACGGACUAGAUGCCAGGGUUACCUAUCACGAGAAUCUCCGUUAAAAAUGGACGUAGUAACUCUAACCGCCAUAGACUUUGAUUCGGGAAACAUAAUCACUUAUAGUAUUACAGAAGGAAACGCCGACAACUGCUUCAGCAUCGUCUCAUCCACCGGCACCAUCACAGUCAACUGCGAUUUGUCCAGCUACCGCGAAGACAUCCGUACACUGACCAUCGUGGCCAGUGAUAGCCAGCACGUGUCAAUUCCUACCACGGUCAAUCUCACGUUAGUUAACAACAAUCGAAACCCGGCCUUGGCCUCGGAUUAUGUCCGAGUGUCCUGCCAGAAAACCGACGUGGCUUCGAGGCUGCAGCAACAGAUGCAGAAAUCCAAACUUGCAAGGAUGAACGAGCAGAUUGUAUCUCAUAGCCGUAACAAACAGAAGAACAACGCGCCGACUUUGUCUGGAACCUUUCCGGCAUACGUAGAAAUCUCAGAAGGCGCGGAUAUCGGGUCGGUUGUUUUAGACUUCGGUACCCACGUCACAGACCAAGAUAGUGGAUACGACGGAAAGUUAGUUUUUGUAAUUUCUGGUGGUAACGAUCCACACGGUGCCUUCAAAUUGGACAGUUUUACGGGAAAACUGCAGGUUCUGUCGCCAUUAGACUUUGAAGAGAAAUCAGAAUACACCAUUACGCUAACAGCGAUGGAUCUCGGUCAGCCUCCGAUGCAGAUGUCAGUAGAUGUCAGGGUUGUGGUACUGGAUGACAACGACAAUACGCCCACAUUUGAACAAGCGCAAUAUUCUAGGGUCGUCAGCGAGAAUACACCAGUAGAUUCCGUUGUCCUUCAAGUCAAAGCUACAGAUUUGGACUCUGGGAUGAAUUCUGAAAUAGAGUACUCAAUUCUUUCAGGCGGCAGUGAUUUCACUAUUGAUCCAGUUAACGGAUUUAUUAAAAUAAAACGAGGGCUUGACCGCGAGAGCAGAUCUGUAUAUAGAUUAACAAUUCAGGCUAAAGAUUCCGGCCUGAAAGCAAAGCUAGCAUCAACAACCACAGUCACCAUCACCAUUACCGACAUCAACGACAACACGCCCCUCUUUGUUCCAGAAAAAUAUCUAGUUCGGGUCCGCGAGGAACUUCCUGUUGGUGCCAUUAUCACUACCCUGGCAGCUCGAGACCUUGACGAGGGUGAUAAUGGACGUGUGAGUUACUCAUUCGCUCAGGGAAGCGAGGAGAGUUUUGACCUUGACAGCACUACUGGUUCCAUUCGUAUCAAAAGACUUCUGGAUUACGAGAUCAAGCAGGUGUAUAACCUCACGGUUAUUGUUACUGACCACGGAGAACCAGCCUUGUCGUCUUCUUGUCUUGUCAUGGUCGAAGUCAUGGAUGUUGACGAAAACCGUUUUCCUCCAGUGUUUCCGGACUUUCUAGCUAACGGAAGCGUCCCCGAAAAUCUGCCCAUUGGAUCUUACGUGAUGCAUAUCCAGGCCGAUGACCAGGAUGACCCUCGGAGUGGAGUAGGUCAGAUUUUCUACACUAUUCAGGAGGGUUCCGGUUUAGGCCGGUUCACCAUCGACGUCAAUG